UCAUUCUAUAGUUUACCUCAAGGACAAAAACCACCUUGCAGCUGUAUGGACAGCCAUCCUCUCUUCAGUCCUAAACGAAAAAAUGCACAAUUUCCAUGCCCACGCAAAAAAAGUGUCCUCAGGCUCAUCUGUAAUUUGAUAGUUCUAAGCCUAAUAACUCCAUUUUGCUUAGUGAAAAAAGUCUACUGCAUUAUAUCAAGUGGGAGCUCUACUUGGAAAAUUGUCGUUUGGGUGGCCCUAUUCCUGUUGCUUUUUGGUGCUACUUACAUGGGACUGCUUGAUGGAAACCAGCUAUUUGGGUGGAAAGACUGUUCCAUAUACGAUCUCAUCCAGAGUGGAACAAAAGAUCUGAGAUCCUUAAUGAAAGCUAAUCACAUGUUGGAAAAAAAGGCACUAGAAAUCCCAUCUCUGAAGGAGGAAGUACAUAUGCUGCAAACACAACUUCAGGGUCUGAAAUUGAGCAUGAAGGAUAUUGCCUAUGACACAGUUAGUGAAAUACUGAAAGGAUAUACGAGCAAAGGCAUUACAAAAUGGACUAUUGAAAAAACGCUUAAAAAAUUAAAGGAAAAGUUGGAUGAAGAUGAUGUUCAGAUGCCAGAUUAUGCACUCAAAUCAGCAGGUGCCAGUAUUGUUCAGUCCAGAACCAGUAGAAGCUACCGCCACGAUGGAGGGAAAUAUUUCUGGAUGUCAUUCAUUAUACUCCCUUUUGUGAGAUCUCCAGACAUAAUUCUGCAGCCCAGUUACCACCCUGGAAAUUGCUGGCCUUUUCCUGGAAGUCAAGGUGAAGCUGUUGUCAGACUAGCCAUGGUUAUUAUUCCAAGAGCUGUUACAAUACAACAUAUCUCCAAGAAAGUCUCCCCCACAGGAGAGACCUCUAGUGCUCCCAAAGACUUUGCCAUUUAUGGACUAAAAGUAGAAAAUGAGGAAGAAGGAACCUUCUUGGGCCAGUUUAUGUAUGACACAGAUGGAUAUUUAAUUCAAACAUUCCAGUUGAAGAAUGAAUCUUCUGAAUUGAUGAGCUAUGUAAAACUGAAAGUGCUAAGUAACUGGGGCCACCCAAAUUACACUUGCAUUUAUCGCUUUCGAGUACAUGGCGAUCUAUAUUCUGUAGAUGACCAUGCUUGUAUAGGAAUGAAGCCACAGCAGCUGAAUGACAAACCAGUGUAACUUUACUGAGCUUCUGCUUCUAUAAUUAACAUGGAAAUAUGCAACAAUGGCAAGAUUGUGGGAAACUGCUUUAUUCUCCUUCAUUAUUGAUUAUGAAAUAGCACGGCUAUAAUGAACAGAAUUUUUAGUUAUUUGUCACUACUGAUUGCUUUGGGUAGAAGAAUAACACAUGA